AUGUCUGGAAUUAACUUGAACAAUAACAUUCCGGUGAUGGCUUUCAAGCAAGAAGUGGUCUACUUGGAGUGUCUCCAUAACCAUGCAGCCUCCCUCGGUAAAGUAGCCACAGAUGGCUGCUUUGAGUUUCUGCAACGUAACUUAGACGAUAUUGUUGCCGACGACCAGCACGGUGGCUCAUCGGAGGCGUUGCUUUGUGCAGUUUGCAACUGUCACAGGAACUUUCACCGGAAACAAUUUGUCUAUACUCCGAUCAUGACAAUUGACACCGCGGUAACUAUCCUGCCGCAGCAAAACCACCAACAGCCAAACUUUCCGGCAACUGCAGUGGCUGCUGCUGAUGAGGGAAAUGCGGCCGGGGAGAUCAAUAACGAUGACAACGCUGUGGCGUUGGUGCCGCCGUCGCCGACGAGGAAGAGGAAGAGGAGGACCCAGUUCACAGAUGAGCAACGGAGUCGAAUGGCGAGUUUUGCAGAGAGGUUGGGUUGGAGGCUUAAGAGAUCAAACAAGGAGGAGAUCCUCAGUUUUUGCAUGGAAAUAGGGGUCAGUCGUAGGAUGUUUGUUGUUUGGGUUAGCAACAACCGACCAAAAGUGGAUGAACAUCAAACUGAUGAGUGA